GUUUGCUGCCUGUUUCCAUGGUCACCAGUGUUGGCAUUAGUAGUUAAGUUGCACAGUGUGUGGAGUGCGUGUUUGGUUUUACUGAUUGUGGUCUAAACGCCUCAAGCUGUAGUGGAAAAAUGGUAAAAGGCGGAAAGCGGCAUUUUUCAGUGAGCACUGAUUGCAAAUGGUUUGCUCAUCCAGGUUUAUCAGAAAAUGAGACAAAGACUGGAGAGAACUGUACAAGCACUGAGAUCAUGCUGACUCAAGUGAAGUCAUCGUUGCCUCAGGCUUUAAACUUUCAACGCUAUCCUAAAUGGAAAAGUCAGCAGAAAUCCAGAGAGUAUCCCUUCUCAGACCAUGACAACAAGCACGCCUUAAAAGACGACGUCAUUGUAUUCUCUCAUAGUGUGGGAAGGAGGAAGUGUCUUGAUGAUCGCAGACAGCAUAUCUCCCGUUUCUGCCUGUGCCAUGGUGGAACUGACAAUAGCACCAAAGAGACUCGAGGGAACGCCACAGCCUACCAGAGUGACUUCAUAGUGAAGGAGGUUGUUGACUCUGCAUCCAGAAACCGGCGCUUCCCUCACAACCACAGGCAGAAGUCUGCAGAGGCAGCUUUGGCACAGGCGGGGGAGACGUUUAUGUGGUUCGGACGAGACGAUUCUGACCAGUCUGACACCCUGCAAGUGCUGGCAGCUACCAACUGCUCAACACCAUCCAAGCCUUAAGAUAUUCUUACAUUUAAUGCCCAGAUGGCAUCAUUAGGGGGCCAUAGCAUGCACAGAGCUUCCUUCACUUGCAUAUGAGCUGUAAUCCAUUAAAAAUUGUGAACCAAGAUUUAUCCCACAGCAUACUCAAUAUCAAAUGUUCCAAGAUUGGAAAAAGCAUUAACAUAGUUUAAGUAACAUUUAUUGCAUAGAAACUAUGCAAAGUGAUUACUUUCAAAGUUUAGAACCUGCAAAAACUACUUCAAUACUUUUGCUAGUACUUAAGUGAUUUUAUCUCUGUAUUUCUAAUAUUGUAAGGCUGGUGAUAAAAUGAUCAGAAUCAACGGCAGGUACUUUUUGUAUCUCAACUGUUGAGAGUUCAGUCAGCCUCAGGCAGAAGAAUGAACUAUCAGCUAAUGUUUACUCUAUUAAAUAUGCCAAAGUUGCUACAAACAUUUCAUAAACGCAAUAUAGCAAUGUAGCACAAUGUUAUUUGAACUCAAGUUAGCAUACUCUGAGUUAACGUAGCUAUGGAUGCAUCUGAACAUCAGUGUGCACAGGCCUGAUUUGAGUGCCACUAUUAGUCUACGUGAGGACUGUUGGUGGUUCACAGUUUUGCCAGCAGAGGGCAGCAGGGUUACAUGAGCCAUUUGGCCUGCCUAGCCAGUGAGUUGUUCAUUGUUCAAGGGCCAAGUUGUAUGAAAAAUGUAAUAGCCACAAAACCCCUGUGUAAUAUGCAUGUUCUGUGAGAGAAAAUGUGGGAGGGGGGGGGAGGAAUAAUUAGAAAAAUGAUCCUGCUAUUUUUAUUCAAUACAUAUCAACAUGGAGAUAUUCAAUUAGAGCAUGCGAAAUAAAUUAAGUUUGAUUUGAGUCAUAAUGCAUGGGCUUGUUUCACCCCAGGGGAUGAAAAGGAUGGAUAUGUGUGUGUGCAGCCCAUAAAGAGAGAGGAGGAAGCGUGGGAGCCAAUGACAGCGAGCACUGCUCAGAGAAAAGCACUUAAGUGAAGAGUGUCCCCGACCACUCUCUCCAAUAGCUGAUGUUUUCUCCAGAGCAUGCUCUGACCAGCUGCUUUCUUUCUUUAAAUACUCACCGGGGAGAUGGAUUUUUCUCACAAGCUUUCUUUCAGCUGUUGUAAUUAGCUGAUCCACAUACCAUGCUGACCUUGUAGGCGUUUGUUUCACUUUUAAAAGGUGAAGCAGACCUCAGUGUUUUCUCAGACAAGAUGGCUGAGAGAUGUUUGUGUGAAUCAGUGGGCCUUUUGCGAUUUCACUUUGAGAUUAUCUGGCACAUCGCCGUCAGAAAAAACGAUCCCCUGAUGCAGGUGCACAAUUAGGAGGGGGAUGUAUGAUGAGGAGAUUACUUUUGAUGGUUUCCAGGUCUGUUUUAACCCUAUUUCUGCCAUGUCACUGAGACAACAGCCUGGAGCAUUUUGCUAUUUUGCCUAAACUAUUGUCAAACAUUUUGUGAAGGCCAGCAGUGUUGCUGAUGAGAGAGAAAGAAGCUCUUAUUAAGGAAAAACACCUGUGCUCUGGUUUGACGGUUGGUUGUUCCUGGUCUCGACUGGUUGUCUGGCACCUCUGUCCCUGUGGGUGCAUUUCGCAGACUGCACUUUUCUUUGGACUUGCCACAACUUGAACAACUCCUCCGCACAGAAGCCACCAACACUUCAAAAUCAGAAAGUCUCAUUAGCUCUGUCAGAAGAGCAGUAAGGCUUUUAAUACUCGACAGAAGAGUGAGAACGCUGAAAUAACAUGCCAAUCAUUAGUCGUGUCAGGCCGUGCGUACUGUAUGUGCCAUGUUUAGUGUGUUACUGCAUGCCUGUUACAUCACGUAGCCGGCAAGUAUAUGUAAAUACAGUUGAAUGGUAGAAAAUCAAUCCUUCUCCCAAGGACAAAAGGCACAUCUCAGUAAACAAGCAUUCAACCACCAAAGCCUUGCACUUCAUGAAUAUUAAAUCAGUCACUUUGAAUCCUACCUCUUUGGUGUUGGUGGAGGCCCUAGUCUGGAUUCUUACCAUUUGCUGUGAUUUAUUCACAGGUGCAUGUGUCUCUUUGAUGUGUUGAGUUGAGAGGUUUUGCACCUGUUAGAGAAAAAAAAAUGCUUUGAAAACAAGAGGUGGAUUUGCCAGACAGUCAAAAUAACAGCAACAGAAGGAAGAUUUGUGUUGCCAUGGUACAUUGUGUGCGUGUAUGCUUGUGUGCUUGUGUGUUUUCUUUCCAAAAAAAAGGCUGCUGCGCUGUUUUGACACAUUCUGUUGUGUGCAGCAAAAUUGGUUUUUGUCAAACAAGAUCUACCUUCCUUUUUUUGUAAAUCCCACAUCAGUUUUGGCAUCCGUUCUGACAUUAUGAAGUUGUGCAUUUUUCAUUUUGUGCAUUACCUAUUCAUUAAAGAUGUAACUUGAAAGAGAGUUGCUAUGGAGAUGCUGCGGUUAAAUCGCAUAUCUCAAAGAUUUUUUAUUUCUGUUUAUUCUUUUGCCAAUUAUAACUACGUCUAGCUAUCUUGACUUCUUUCGAUUUUUCACCCCACUUUCAAUAUCUUUUUUGAUACGAUGUCAAGGCUCACAGUAGGACUUUUCCUUAUGCCUAACACUUAAUCUUGUUCAAACACUCAGCACAUAGUCUAAACAGCAACUAUAGAGUCCAAAAGUCUUUCGAAUUGGCUGGGUUAAACUACACCCAAACUUUAAGACUCCUUCCAAUCUCCUGUCAGUCAUUUCUCUUGCAGUGCUUCCAAUUCCCUGGCAGUGUUAUUUUUUUCAGCAGCCAGUUGGUUGGUGUCCCCUGGCAGCCUUAGUGGUCCUUGUUGCAGUAACGGUCAGGGGCCCUCCUGAGUCUGAGGGUGGUGAUAAAGGUGGCUGGCUAUCUCAUUUCCACAGAGGACUAGAUAACAUCCUGAGAACAUUCCCAUCACUUGAAGAGUUUGUUCAGUUGAGAUAAGAGUUCCCCUGCUAAAACCCAGCUGGGAAGCUCUGUGUUUGCCUGAGUGUGUGUGUCUUUGCACUGUGCAUGUGUGCCUUAACAGAGUACUUUGGAGCAUGUUAGCUGCAGUUCUUUUCUGUGCUGCAGCUGUGAGGUCCGCCAGGCUCCGAUCGAGACGCUGCCUCAAAAGAUCAGGCCUAUCCUUGCAUUAAAUCACAUUCCCCCAUGCAUUUUUCAAACCUCCGACAAGGCUUGCAUGUUAAUUUGUGCGUAGGUGGUGAGAAUAAUUACAUUAGCCUGGUUGUAAACAAAGACCUACAAGCAGCAGUCUGUUCAAGUAUCCCACCAGAGAAAGAACAAGCAAGUAGUUUAUACAAGGAUGGAUGAAUUUAUAAUGCAUGCUUUACAUGAAGGCAUUCAUAGCUGUUGUAUCUGUAAUUAAAUAGCAACAUGAAGAAAAAUGAGCUGUUUUUCAAGCAAAAUAAGCCUUAUGCAUUCUUGAUUUUUUGUCUUUUGUUAUAUAUUUAAAAUAAGGGGAAACAAUGCACAAACCACAGAGGAUAGUUUUCUUCAGAAACACACUUUUAUAGCCCCAAAAGCUUUGACUCGAUUGCUGCAUGUGCACAAUGUUACCAAGUGUUUCAUCACUGCUUAAGAAGCUCCACCUCUUAGUUCCACCACACUGCUCCUUCAUAACCACAUUUUAAUCUCAUUAGUAAAAGGCAUAAUGCAAUGUACAGAACCAGAGAUAGGCCACACACACACAUCCAAGAGUGCUUAUGCAGUGUUUCAUACUUGAACAAAAGGGGGUCAUUCAUACAGGAAGCUGAUCAAAAAUAUGUCAACAAGUGAAGGCUGCCUCAGUCUUCUCAUAGGAAGAGCAAAGUGACACAGCUAAAAUACGGAGAUUCUAUUUUCUGCUCCGACAGAGAGCCUGUGUAACUUCCUGCUUUCAGCCCCGCCGCAUACUGUAUGUAACUGUUUAUAUAGUCAGCCCUGAAAACUGCUUCAACAUCUCAUAAUCACAGCAUUCUAUUUCCUGCUGCAGACCUCACAACAAGUCUAAUUAACCGUUUUCACACUUAUUUUCCAGUCAAACGGGUAAAUCUGCCUCAUUUGCAUUCUAUUGAAGGCAUAAAUAUGAGGCAAUGAAGGCAUUCUUAUGUCCGUUAACAGAUAUGACAGAAGCCUUAAUGCAGAGAAAUAUAAUUAGAUGUGAGUGUGGCCAUUGUUAUUAUCAUGAGAUUUUGUGCCAUCUAAAAAGCACAAACUGCUUCACUGUGUGUCUACUAAGUGUACAAUGGCAUAUUCCCAUGAAUCUGACAUUAUUAUCAAAUGUAAAUUACACUGCCAUGAGCCGCUCAUUACAAUGUGUGGAAUGUGUCACAAGUUGUUAAAAUCUCAAUUUAACAUGAUCUCCACAUUUUAGCUGUGGAUAAAGUCUUCUAGUGGUGAAGUUGAACUUAAAUUAAAUGCACUUCUCCUCCUCGGGAAGGACGAAAGAUGUAAAUGAUGUAGCCAGUGUAAAAGUAGCGGAGUUAUGCACACUGAUUUAUACAAGGUUAUUUUUGAAUAGCAACAUAUUGGAUGCAUGGACUGAA